AAAACACAGCGCCAGGGGGCCGACAAGAGAAAACGGAACACAGAACUGAGGAAAGCGAAAAAGGAUGAAGAAAUCGGGAGGGGCGGCAGCUGAGAAGAAGAGGGUCCGGCGAUCGCCAGCAGCCGUACAGAACAGCGGCCGGGAUUCCAAUUCCGACCCUCCUCCUAAGAAACAAGCUCCCAAGAAGGAUGUCUUUCAGUUGUUUGCUGAGAAGGUUAGAGAUCACAAAGAAUUGGAGUCUCGGUGGGCAGUUUUACAGGAGACACGGGUGGAAUACUUUAGGGGGAAAGAUUUCGUUAGUUUCUUGAAGAAUCAUCCAGAGGUUAAAGAAAUUCUUGGAUCAGAUAAGAAUUUGGAAAUAGAAGAUAUUGGCAAUGCUUUACUAAGAAAGAAUCUUAUAGUACGGUGUGAUCGUGUAGUGAAAACUGUCCGUCCUGGGAAGAGAAAGCUGUCCACCUGGCCUGCACAUCUGGAAAUUUUCCCCGAGCAAGUAUUUUCUGACAACGAUGCCUUUUUUGCUUGGGCAUUCGUCAAACGGCACCCGUUGUGGCAAACUCUCCUAUCGUUUUUCUGGCCUGUGUUGACAUUAGCAAUCUGCUUAUUUCCCAUAUAUCCACAUCAAGUCAAGCUACUGGUACUCUACUCAUGUGCUGGAAUUCUGCUGCUGAUUCUUUCCCUUUUGUUUGUUAGAGCAGCGAUGUUUGGUGCUCUCUACAUCAUUCUAGGAAAGCGUGUUUGGUUCUUUCCGAACAUUCUGGCUGAGGAAGCAACUCUGCGAGAGUUAUUCCGCUUCUGCCCCAAGAAAGACGAGGAGGAAAAACCCACGUGGACGACCAGGCUGUUUUAUGCUAUAGUAGCGGUGCUGGUGAUACUGCUGCUGAGGCACCAUGCACCUGAUGAGGCCGCUAGAGCCAGGUACCAGAAGCGGGUUUCCAACAUAAUUGAUGACUUCCUCGAAUGGUCCCCGAAAUUAGCUCUCUCAGGAAUGAUGGAGAAACAGCCCACCGUGGUCAAUGCCACAGAGUCAAAUAGCAGCUUCCCAGAUGGGGCCAAUGCCGGCCCAGAUGCAGCACCUGGUGCCGAAACUCCGGUUGAGCAACAUGCAGAGGAAGUUGGAAACAUAGAGGAAACUGUUCAAUUCCCGCAGCAUGAUGAUAAUAUAUGAUCCAGUAGGGUCGAACCGAAUGCCUAGAGCACAGAUUGCGUACUUUGUUUUGGUUCUUUAUUUUUCCAUCUUUCAUUUUGGGUGUAGAAAACUGUGUAAGAAACGAUCAGAAGAAAUAAAGCAGCUGAAUAGUAGAUGGAGAGGAAAGAAAAUUGUGCCCUUAUCAUAGGUUGUGGAGAGAUCAAUUACGGUUAUUUAAGUGAAGAAAGCUUCUGCCAGUCUUUCUGGCCCAUGCUCAGAGAAA